UCACCGCCCCCAAAUCUAACCUCACCAGGCGACAUCUGUGUCUCCGCGCUGGACUGAGAUGUACUCCUUCUUGACGGAGCGCUUUUCAGAGGAGACAAACGCUGUCCACUGCUGCAGUUCAUCCGCCGAUCAUCCCGAUAAGUUAAUAUAACCGCAACACUUACACGAUCGGAGGAGGAAAACACUUCAGACUGAGUCCGAUGGCACAGUGGGCAAUACUUUUGUUUUCUUUAUACGGAGUUCUGCAUGGACAAGACAUUAAGCCUCUUACUUUACAAGAGUGCUGUCAGGAUGGGAGGGCUCGGGCCCUGGGAGGACAAGACUGUACUAUCCUCCCCCUCAUGUCCUCUUCCGAAACCUGCAGGAUUUACCAGGAGCAGUGCUGUGCAGCAGCACUAGGAGACCGACUCUGUGAAAAUGGCAUCAAGAUGGCCCGGGGGCAAGGGGCCUGUGAGAAGCCCUUCUUCCAAGGAGAGCCCUGGGAAACCCAAAUCUCUAAGAUGUGUUGUGACUGCUGUGUGCUCGGUCUGAUGGCAGCCAGCCAGGGUUUGAGCUGCAAGCUCCAGGGUUUGUUGCUGGGGAGACAGUGCGCAUACACAAGUGAAACCUGCUGUGGAAAAAACACAACAGAGGAAAUCAAACCAAGCGAUAAAGAACCACGGACAGAGCUAAAUCCUGAGGUCAACGUUACUGCCAAGCCUCCAGAGGGAUCGGACACCUGUAGAGACUCCAUUUGCUCCCAGUUGUGUGUAGGUAAUGGUACAUGUGCGUGCCAUGCUGGUUAUCAGCUGAAAAAGGAUGGAGUGAAUUGUGAGGAUGUUAAUGAGUGUCUGACUGGCAGUCACAACUGUGUCUCCGGCCAAGUUUGCAUUAACACAGAGGGCUCCUUUCGCUGUCAGAGGGAAACCGGCUGUGGCACCGGGUAUGAACUCACAGACAACAACAGUUGCCAAGACAUAGACGAGUGUACGUUGGGGACCCAUAACUGUGGACCAGACUUUCUUUGCAACAACACCGCAGGCUCGUUCCGCUGCCACCCAAAGGAAAAGUGCGCAGACGGUUUCAUUCAGGAUGCCGUCGGCAGCUGUAUCGAUAUAAAUGAGUGUGUGGCCCGUGCCAGUCCAUGCCAGCCUGGCCAGACUUGUAUCAACACAGUGGGCUCCUACACUUGUCGCAGGAACACAGUCACCUGUGGACAAGGCUAUCAUAUAACUGAGGACGGCACACGUUGUGAAGAUGUAGAUGAGUGUCGUGUAGGCAAAGUAUGUAACGGCCAUGGUUGUGUCAACCUGGUGGGCUCCUACCGCUGUGAAUGCAAAAUUGGCUUCAUCUUCAACAGUAUCACCAAACUGUGUGAAGAUAUCAAUGAGUGCAGGCAUUAUCCCGGACGACUCUGCGCCCACAAGUGUGUGAACACAGAGGGGUCCUACCAGUGCAGCUGCACCACUGGCUUCAAACUGUCCCACGACGGCAGAAACUGUGAAGAUAUCAAUGAGUGUGAAGCAAAGCCUUGCAGCCAGGAGUGUGCCAAUGUCUAUGGCUCCUACCAGUGCUACUGUCGCCAUGGUUACCAGCUGAGUGACAUCGAUGGGAAAACAUGUGAAGAUAUUGACGAGUGUGCCCUGCCUACUGGAGGUCAUGUGUGUUCCUACCGCUGCUCCAACACCCCAGGAAGUUUUUAUUGCACCUGCCCACCCACAGGCUACACACUCGCCUCCAACAGACGCACAUGCCAAGACAUUGAUGAAUGUGCAGCGGGGAGCCAUACCUGUUCUGUCUCUGAAAGCUGCUUCAACAUCCAGGGAGGAUUCCGCUGUCUGUCUUUCGCAUGUCCUCCAAACUACCGACAACCAGCACAGGGCCGUUGCGAGCGCGUAACUUGCGAGUUCACGCUGGAUCCUGCGUCGUGUUUCUUGCUCCCGCUGAGAAUCUCCUUCUACAACAUCAGCUUUCCCACCAACACUCCCGUCCCCGCUGAUGUUUUCCGGAUGGGACCCUCCAAUUCCGUGCUGGGAGACAAAAUGCUGCUCAACAUAGUCUCCGGAGACACGGAGGGAUACUUCAUCGUGCAGCAGCAGGCUCAUGGAGGAGAGAUUGUCCUGCGCCGUGCCUUAUCCCAGCCCCGGGACUUCUUACUGACUGUAGAGAUGAGGCUGAUUCGCUAUGGGAUGGCACAUCUGUACAUGGCCAAGAUUGCUGUGUUUGUCACACACGAGCAGUCCAUCCGACCCUGAAGAACAUUUCCAUAUUACAAGUCUGUGACAUUUAAAAGAAUAGUUUGGAGUGUUUGAAGUCUAUCCCUAUUUUGUACUCACCACUCGUGUAUUAUAAUGGUGGUUUUCAUUUUCAUCCAUCCUUUUCUUCAUACUGGAGUCACAGCUCCAACUUUCCAUCUAACCUUUAAUGCAGUUAAUAAGGGCCAAAUCUAUCAUUCUUGUUGAGUGGAAAAGCUCUCCAUAAUUCACCCAAAGCUAAAAUGAUGCUACAGCAGUCUAUUAUGGUGAAUUUGAGUGGUGACUAUUGUAUCAAAUAGAGACUGCUUUGUCGUUGUGUUAGCUAUUGUGUUAACUAUCCUGGACUCCGGAUAGCUUUUUUGCAGUAAAUGGGGAUUUUAAGGUUGUCCCUGAUUAAUUGCUGUUGAGCUCUAGAUGGAAAGCCAGAACUGAAUAUUUCAUAUGAAGAAACUAUUCCUAUUAAAGGAACAUUUUGGGAAAUGUGCCUUUUGGCUUUCCUUCUGAGAGUUAGAUGAGAAGAUUGAUACCACUUUCAUGUUUGUUUGCUAAAAAUGAAGCAACAGUCAGCAGCCAGUUAGCUUAGCUUUGCACAAAAACUGGAAACGGUGAAGCAGUUAGCCUGGCUCUGUCCAGCGGAAGUCACUGUGCCUAGCCAAGAAAUAGUCCAACGCAUAACCCCAACAAAGGAGAUAUAGAGUUGGUGAACGUUUAUUACCUUUGGGCAGAGCCAAGCUAGCUGUUUUCAGUCUUUAUGCUAAGCUAACUGACUGCCGUAGCUUCAUAUUUAAUGCACAGACAUGAGAGUGGUAUUGAAAAUCUCAUCUAACUCUCUUUUGCCCCCCCCCCCCAAAAAAAAAACCCAAGUAAAAUACUUAAUAAUUUAUUGUAAAGUAUUGGUUAUCAAAGCAAAAAGUCUAAAUUGCCAAUUGAAUUGCAUUUGUAUAUGUCCUGUGGUCUUGGGGAUGCAUUUAUUUGUCACAGAGACAAAGAAAUGUUAUGUCAGGUCCAAAAAACAAUAAGAUGACAAAAUAAUCCCUUGUUGUUCAGCUGUUGUUAUUUAUUCUAGCAUAUGAUGUAGCAGUAGAUAGUAAGAAUAUCAGGACAUUGUACCACUAGAUGGGGCUCAUUAGCUGUUGAGAAUCUCUUAAGCAUUGUUCAUGCGCAUUAAUUUGCAUUGAUGGCAUUUCACUCUACCUCAUGUCUGUGCAGCAGCUUCCCUUUAAGUGUACUUUCUAUGUGUUUGGAAUUAAAAAGUGACAGAUAAAAA